UUAGAUUUAUAAAAGAGAACAAAUUAAUUUUUUUGCGUCAUUAUCAAAGACGCGAAAGUUAUGCGUUGAAAUCAGCUCUGCAUACUAAUGCAGAAAUUGUACAAUUUUCUAAUGGAAAAGUAAUGAAAAUUUCGACUGGAAAAUAUGCUCGUUUAGCUGAUGGAUGCUCGGUAGUCAAUGUUGGAGAUACCAGUGUCAUGGUGACAACUGUUAGUAAAUCUACAAUUACCUUGACUAAUUUUUUACCACUAAUCGUAGAUUAUAAACAAAAGGCUGCUGCAGCAGGUCGUAUUCCGACAAAUUUUUUCAGAAGAGAAUUGGGUUACAACGAGCAUGAAAUUUUAACUAGUAGGAUAAUCGAUAGAUCGGUACGCCCAUUAUUUCCAGACAAGUUUAGAUACGAGACACAAAUAAUGUGUAAUAUGUUAGCCAUAGAUGGUAAAAAUGAUUCUGACAUACUUGCAAUCAAUGGGGCUUCUGCUGCAUUGGCUGUGUCAGAUAUUCCAUGGAAUGGUCCGGUAGGCGCUGUAAGACUUGGAUUUAUUGAUAAUGAAAUUUUGAUUAAUCCAACUCGACAAGAGCAAAAACAAAGUAUAUUAAAUCUUACGGUAACCGCCGCGUCUAAAAAUUUAGUUAUUAUGCUUGAUGGACGUGCAGAAAAUAUUAUGAUGCAAGAUUUAAGAAAAGCAUUAAAGAUUGGAGUAAGAGAAUGUCAAAAUAUUGUUCAAGGAAUAGAAAGACUUCAAAAAAAGCAUGGGAAACAAAAACGAACGAUAGAACCUGUAUCAGAAGCUCCGAUAGAAAUUGCCGAGUCUGUGCAAUCUAUUUCUGAAAUGAAACUUCGUAAAAUCUUUACAGAUUUUCAUCUUGAUAAACAAUCGAGAGAUCAAGCUGUUAAUGAGCUACGAAAUGAAGUAAUUUCAAAUAUAAAAAUUAAUCACAAUUAUACAGAUACAUCGGUAAUUGGAGACAUUUUCAGCACCAUUACUAAGAAUGUAUUCAGAUCUCUUAUAUUUGAAAGUAAUUGUAGGUGCGAUGGCCGAAAAAUUGAAGAAAUUAGAAAAAUUUCAUGCGAAGUAGAUUUAUUCAAACCUCUUCAUGGUUCCGCAUUAUUUCAAAGAGGCCAAACUCAAGUUCUUUGCACAGUAACACUUGAUUCGCCAGAUAGCAGUCUGAAAAUGGAUACCAUAUCAAUGAUAGAAAGUGGCAUUAAAGAAAAAAAUUUUUUUUUACAUUAUGAAUUUCCCCCUUAUGCCAAUAAUGAAACAGGAAAAACUGGCUUUAAAGGAAGAAGGGAGAUGGGUCAUGGAGUUCUUGCUGAAAGAGGAUUGCAAGCUGUAGUUCCUAAAAACUUUCCAUUUACAAUUAGAUUAACUAGCGAAGUUUUAGAAUCAAAUGGUUCAUCAUCAAUGGCUUCUGUGUGCGCUGGGAGUUUAGCUCUAAUGGAUUGUGGUGUUCCUAUAGCUUCUCCUGUAGCUGGUGUUGCUAUUGGUUUAAUGACAAAAUAUGAUAAAAUUACAAAAAAUAUUACCGACUAUAAAAUUCUGACAGACAUCUUAGGUAUUGAAGAUUACUUGGGAGAUAUGGAUUUCAAAGUAGCAGGAACGAGAAAGGGACUUACAUCUUUCCAAGCUGACAUUAAAAUUCCAGGUCUUCCAUUAAAAAUUUUGAUGGAGAGUCUUGUGCAAGCUAACGAUGCCAAAAAUGUAAUAAUAAAUAUAAUGAAUAAAACGAUAUCAUCGCCAAGAUCUAAAGAAAAGGAUAAUAUGCCAAUUGUUGAAUUAAUCGAAAUUGCUCCUCACCUUAAAGGAAAAUUGAUGGGUGUUGGUGGAAGUAAUAUAAAAAAAAUAUAUAUUCAAACUGGAGUUCAUAUAAAUGAACAAGAGCCUUCAAAAUUCAGUAUUUUUGCACCAAAUGAAAAUGCCAUGAAUGAAGCAAAAGAAAUGAUUGAUAAGUUCAUUAAAGUAGUAUCUGAACCUCUAUUGGAAUUCGGAGGCAUUUAUACCGCAAAGAUCGUUGAAAUCAGAGAAAAUGGCGUAAUGAUAAUAUUAUAUCCAACUAUGCAACCAACGCUUCUUCAUAAUUCUCAAUUAGAUCAAAGAAAAAUACUUCAUCCAAGUGCAUUAAAUUUCGAAAUUGGCACAGAAAUACAAGUUAAAUAUUUCGGAAGAGAUCCAGUUUCUGGUGUUAUGAGAAUAUCGCGUAAAGUUCUUCAAACAACAAAUGUACCAUCUAAAAAUUUUGUGGAAUCGUCUUAAUAUAAUAUAUUAUUUAAUUAAUAAAAAU